CCGCCGUCAGAGGAGACGCGGCGCGGGCGGGCGGCCCCUCGGAACUAUGCGCGCGGCGCGCGGGCGACCAUGCAAUGGCGCUCGCUGGUGCUGGGGCUGCUGCUGCUGAGGCUGGGGCUGCACGCGCUGCUGGCGCUGCUCCCCGCGCUGGCUCCGGGCCUCUGCCUGCGCCUCCGCCUCCCGUUCCCCUUCCCUCCGCGCUCCGCCGCCCUCGGUCCUCCCGGCGCCGCGCGGCCGCUGCCCGGCGGGGGCUCCUCGCACUGGGGUUCGCUGCGGGGCGGGGGCGGCGCGGCGGGGCGCGAUGAGUACGAGACGCGCUACAGCGGCGCGUUCCCCCCGCAGCUGCGGGCCCGGCUGCGCGACGCCGCCCGCGGCAUGUUCGCCUUCGGCUACGACAGCUACAUGCAGCACGCCUUCCCCAGCGACGAGCUCGACCCCCUGCACUGCUGCGGCCGCGGGCCCGACCGCGACGACCCUUCCAAUCUGAACAUCAACGAUGUCUUAGGGAACUACUCGCUAACGCUGAUAGAUGCACUGGAUACCCUAGCGGUAAUGGGCAAUUCCUCCGAAUUCCAGAAAGCGGUGAAGUUGGUGAUUGACACAGUUUCAUUUGACAAAGACUCAACAGUCCAAGUGUUUGAGGCAACCAUCAGGGUUUUGGGAAGCCUGCUUUCUGCCCACAUCAUAAUUACGGAUGCCAAACAGCCUUUUGGGGAUAUGACCAUUAAGGAUUAUGACAACGAACUGCUGCACAUGGCUCAUGACCUAGCAGUGAGACUACUCCCAGCAUUUGAGAACACCAAAACUGGAAUUCCGUAUCCUCGGGUCAACCUGAAGAAGGGGGUUCCUCCAAACAGCAAUAAUGAAACUUGCACUGCAGGAGCCGGUUCCUUGUUGGUGGAGUUUGGUAUUCUCAGCAGGCUGCUUGGCGAUUCCACAUUUGAAUGGGUGGCCAGGAGAGCUGUCAAAGCACUCUGGAGUCUCAGGAGCAAUAACACUGGACUGCUAGGAAAUGUUGUGAAUAUUCAAACUGGCCAUUGGGUUGGAAAGCAAAGUGGCUUGGGAGCAGGAUCGGAUUCGUUUUAUGAAUACCUCCUGAAGUCUUACAUCCUCUUUGGAGAGAAGGAAGACUUGGAGAUGUUCAUUGAUGCUUAUCAGAACAUUCAGAACCACUUACGAAGGGGUCGAGAAGCUUGCAAUGAAGGUGAAGGUGACCCGCCUUUGUAUGUUAAUGUGAACAUGUUCACUGGACAGCUGAUGAACACGUGGAUUGACUCUUUGCAAGCCUUUUUUCCUGGACUACAGGUGUUGAUAGGAGACGUAGAAGAUGCUAUUUGUCUCCAUGCUUUUUAUUAUGCCAUAUGGAAACGUUAUGGAGCUCUCCCAGAAAGGUACAACUGGCAAUUGCAAGCACCGGAUGUUCCCUUUUAUCCACUGAGGCCCGAGUUAGUGGAAUCCACGUAUCUUCUGUACCAGGCCACAAAGAACCCAUUUUACCUUCAUGUGGGAAUGGAUAUUCUGCAGAGUUUGGAAAAAUACACAAAAGCGAAGUGUGGCUAUGCUACGUUACACCAUGUUGUGGAGAAGACAAAAGAAGAUCGAAUGGAGAGCUUUUUUCUCAGCGAAACAUGUAAAUAUUUGUACCUGUUGUUUGAUGAAGACAAUCCAGUGCAUAAGUCUGGAAAUAAAUAUAUGUUUACUACUGAGGGACAUAUUGUGUCUGUGGAUGAACGUUUUCGCAACUCGCUGUGGCAGGACAUCCUCCCCGGAGAAGAGGACAGCACAGAAAAAGUUAAACCUAACGAAUUAAAGGCUGCCAACUUCAGUUCUAAUUGUAACAGAGUUCCUGAUGAGAGGAGAUACCUGCUGCCUUUGAAGAGCAACUACAUGAGACAGAUCGAUCGGAUGGUGGGCCUGAUCUGAAUGGGUCUUCAGAGAAAAUUUUGUCGUAUGUCAGGAAGAGCAUGGGGUUUGGCUCCAGACUUUCCUCUUCAGCUACACGGCUACGUAUGCUGAGUCACUUGGGUGUCCCCUGUGCUUGUUAGUUUUGAAUUGUGGAUGUGAAGGGAGAUUUUGUUCCCUUACGAGUUCAGACUUCUGAACUAUGGAAACUCCGUGUGCCACCUGAAUAGAGAUUUCUUGUUUUAAGGCUUCCUAUGAAAAAUGUUGAAAAUGAAGGUUGGAUAUACUUUUUAAAAAAAAAAAAAAAAGAGGAAAAAAAUUGGCAUGUGCCACUUAGCUACCUCUUUGUAGCUGCAUUACAGAUUUCCCUUUGGAAAAGGGUCAGGUAUUUAAUUUGAAAUGAUCUUGGGACUGGGGAAGGAAUGGGAAAGUGCAAUUUCUUACACCAAGUUUAAUCAUCGGGUUAUUCAGACUAGCAAUACACAAUCUUAAGUACUUCUCAGGUAGGGACCCGCAGGCAGUGGGCUUUGGCUGAAACAAAAAUGCUCUGUGUAGAACAGUAUCUUGGAAAGAUAACUCUUGAUCAAUGUAAGAAGCUGUCGGUAUAGUCAUGAGAUCCCUCGUGCACGGUUGAAUAGAGCCGUGCAGUCACAAGGGCUGUAGCUGCAGAAACCAGUAAUAACACAAAUUUGGUGCCUUCUUUUGUAAGGGAGCGUGGGGUGGGGUGGGGAGGAGGAGGGGAAAAACUUCAAAGCCACUCAGCUGUGGAAGCAGCUAACUUCCAAGAGUCAGGUGGUCUGCCACGUGCCUCUUCCAGAGAAAUGCUGCUGAGAACUGCUAUAACAGUCUGUGAAGAACAAACUGUUUCACAUUCCUUAUAGCAUUGAUGUGUUAGUGCCUUACAUUUUCUUCUUUAGCAGGAAAAAACUGAGCAUACCUGGGAGGAGGGGCAAAGUGUUUCUGAAUAGCUAGUUAAAAUGUGCAGUUGGUCCCAAAGUGAAAAGUAACUUACACGUGAGCCAACUCUUUUUCAAUAGUGCAGCUGCUGUGCCCAUCCCAAAGAAUACUUCUGGGUUUAUUUCUGUCAGUGUCCUUAGUAAAGGGGCCAUCUCUGCAUCACCCUGGGGCAGGAGCCAGUGAGAGGUGUGUGUAACCGCGUGGUGCCUGCAGGACUGUCGGUGCUGACGGCAGUGAUAAUGUACCUGCAAACUGUGCCUUCUGAUUCCUGAGAGAAAACUGCUGGUGCUUCAUCCCACCAUCUUCAAAUGCAGCUCAGGUUUAGCUGAGGAGUGACAAUUCAUGUAACUGUCAGGAGGAAGGCAGCACUGUUGCGAGGGAUGAGGACCAACUGAGGCCAAACAACUUAAUCCUUUGUUUUUCCAGUGGCUCCCCAUUGCUUACAGGCUUUUUAUGUGCUGCUUCUGGCUACAGCUGAAGCAAAAACGUUACUGUUGGGUUCGUGAUUUUUUAAGUUAAGUCUUAAAAUAAGAGCAAACUUGAUCUGCUGUAUUUUCACCUUUUUAUGAUGACAUAUGUUUUCAUAAGCCAUAAAUUGCAACUCAAAACAUUUCUAAUAAAUACGAAGCUAGUGCUUAAGAGGUUAUUGCUUGAAUCUUUUAGCAUACAGGUGCAUCUCAGGGACCUCAUUGUAGAAUCUUUUAUUCCGUGAUAGCUGGAUCUUGUAUUCAGGCAAAAAAAAAAAACAAAAAAACCUGUCUUCCUGGUUUUAAUGCGUGUGUUUUUACUGGGGUUUUGGAGGCAGAGGAGGGAAAUACGUUAAGAUUUCCCAGAACUUUGCAAUAGAAUCAGUUGCCUUGCUAUCUUAGGCAGCUGGCAAUUCCAACUCCUUUAGAAUCGGCUUUGCAAACCUAUUAGUAGAAUGUCUGUUCAGUUGCCUAAAUCAAUGCAAAACACAAAUUCAGAGUGUUACUAUCCAAAUGUACUGGGAAUGGUUCUCCUUAACCAGUAAGCAUUGAGUGGGCAUGCUGGCACGCUUCGGUUUGUGACCGUCUACAGGAGUGUGGGAGGAUGUGUGAGGAGAACUCAUUCUGCCUUCUAGGGGAGGGACAAAGCAAAUUGCCCGGGCUUUCUAAACUCUGCGGGGUCAGGCCUGGUUGUGACUCUGAAGGGAGAAGUGCCCUGGCUGUGAUGUGGAUGUUUCUGGUGGCGGUUUUCCCCCGCCUGGCAGCGUAGCUCUCUGGAUGUGCAUUACGCAUCGUGCAGUUGCCUCUGUGUUUUGUGCCUUCUGAAAAGCCUGAGCCCUGGUGAGGGUUCCAGCUGAGUUCUGUGUGCAGAAGUUUGCUCCGGAGCGUUCCCCGGGGAAGCACAGGGCUGUAAUGAAGUUGCACGCUGUUCCACCGCCUCGCUUUUCACUUCUUGUGUGUGCCAGCAGCAGCAAAAGGCAGUGUACAGUGGGAACGGAGUGGGCAGGUGUUGCAGCCUUUCAGCUCGUGGUGGUUUGGGCCAUUAGCUACAGUGCCAGCUUGUAGAUGGGGAGCUUCUCAUUAAACGGUGCCAGAAUUUGUGUUGCCAAGGUGAUCCAACAGCUGUCAUCCCCCGGGAGCAUUUCUGCCCACUGGGAGGCUGCUGCUGGUACGCGGUGGAAGGCUUGGUGUUCUCCAAGGAGCCAACUUUUCUCUUUUGGAAAGGAAGACUUCUCUGAGAUGCUUUACUCUGUAAUGACGGGGCACAUGCUAUGCACUAAUAUGGAAUUUUUUUGUGAAAAUCGGUGGUAAAUGGAAUUGGUAACUGCUGGAAUAACGUGCUGAACCAGAUUUUGUAUUUCUUGGUAUAAUGUGCAAUAUCAAUUUUUCCUAAUUAAAGAUACAGUGUAUGCUUAAUUGUUGUUUUUCAACAGAGUAUUUAAUUGGGGAUGGGAAACUUUUAAGAGGACCAAACGUGCUUCUGUGAAAUGUCCUAAGUUUUCAAAACUGAGCUUACAUUUUAAAGUUUUGCAUUAAAAAUGAUGUAUUUGACCACUUC